GGGCGGGGCUUCCGAAGACCAGACCUCCAAGGCUGGAGCAGCCGCGCCGGCAGCUUUCCGCUCUGUGCCAGACAGUCAUUCAGCCGCGUCUCCGCACCGCAAAGGGACGGGGGUCGCCGGGCGUGCUGGGCGGCUGCAAAGGAGCUUGCUGUCGUAGCCCUCAGCUCUUCUGGCGGCUGGAAUAACCGGCCCUCUUGACACCCCCACCAUCCCCGGGUCGAGCCCCUUUUGAGCCGCUGCUGCAAGGCUUGGGGGGAAACUGGCUGGCUCCAGCGGAUCUCGGCUGCUGCUGGUGAGUUGCAUUCGAAUCCCAUCAUGUGUUCUUCAGACUCCAGGAAGCACUAUCCAUGGAUCAGCCACAGAAUGUUCUCUUAGUCCUGGGCAGUUUAUUCUGGGUGCCCAGAUUGGGCUGCUAGUCCAGCCAGAAGUGAGGCUGACCCAUUUCGCCUCUGAAAUCUGACCAGGCGAUGGACUCCCACAUGGACCUGUUGACAGAGCUCCAGCUGCUGGAUAAGGUACCAACGCUAGAGCGGCUCCGGGCAGCCCAGAAACGCAGGGCUCAACAGCUGAAGAAGUGGGCACAGUACGAGAAAGAGAUGCAGCACAAGAAGAGGAAACACGAGAAGAGGAGGAACGUGAUCAGCCGCAAGAAGGUUUCUUUUGAGGCCAGUGUUGCACUGUUGGAGGCUUCAUUAAGGAAUGAUGUUGAGGAAGUCUGUUAUUUAUUGAACAACAACUUCAGUCCUGACCUCUGCAAUGAAGAUGGAUUAACUGCACUGCAUCAGUGCUGCAUAGACAACUAUGAAGAAAUAGUCAAGCUUCUCCUGAACCAUGGAGCCAAUGUCAAUGCAAAGGACAAUGAAUUGUGGACUCCUCUCCAUGCAGCAGCAACAUGUGGGCACAUCAACUUGGUGAAGAUCCUGAUUCAGCAUGGGGCAGACCUACUGGCUGUGAAUGCAGAUGGAAAUAUGCCAUAUGACCUCUGCGAAGAUGAGCCAACUUUAGAUGUCAUUGAGACCUGCAUGGCAUACCAGGGAAUCACCCAGGAGAAAAUCAAUGAGAUGCGGGCUGCUCCAGAGCAGGCAAUGAUCAACGAUAUCACAGAGCUGAUAGCAACAGGGCAAGAUUUGAACGCAACUGAUGAACAAGGUGCUACACUGUUACAUAUAGCUUCAGCCAAUGGCUACCUUCAUGCAGCUGAGAUUCUUCUAGACCAUGGAGCAAGGCUGGACCUCCAGGACUGGGAUAGCUGGGAACCCCUCCAUGCUGCUGCCUUCUGGGGACAUAUGCAGAUGGCUGAGCUGUUGGUGUCUCAUGGGGCAAGCUUGAGUGCCCGGACAGCUAUGGAUGAGAUGCCAAUAGAUCUCUGUGAAGAAGAAGAGUUUAAAGUCCUGCUCUUGGAACUAAAGCAUAAGCAUGAUGUCAUCAUGAAAUCUCAGAUGAGACACAAGUCCUCUUUGAGCAGGAGGUCAUCUAGCACUGGAAGCAGAGGGAAAGUUGUUCGGAGGGCAAGCCUUUCUGACCGAACAAACCUUUACAGAAAAGAGUAUGAGAAGGAGGCCAUUGUCUGGCAGCAAAUAGAAUCUUCUGAAGAGCAAAGAACUUCUGGGUACAAUGGUGACAUCAGGGAAAUUUGCUCCAAUCAGGAGAACACAGAUCCGAACUCUACAAUGGAUACACCCACCCUCCUUCCUGAGUUGGCAACCAAAAGCACUCAAUGUGACUCAGAAUCUCUGCUCCAAAAUGGGCUGAGCUUGUCCUCAGCCACUUACCAAUAUUCUAUCCCUAAUGGAGAUGUUUGGAAAAUGCAUUCUGCUAUAGACAAUGAUACUGGCCAAGGACUGCCGUAUGAUACCCCAGAGGUCCCGGACGUUCAUCAGAUCUGGGGGGGCUACAAAGAGAGGAGCCACCAAACCCUCUCUGAGCUAAAACGGCAGAGGGCUGCAGCCAAGCUUCUCAACCACCCUUUCAUCAGUACGCACUUUGGCAGCAGCAUGGGCAGCACAACGGAAAAUGGGGGAGAGGCUAAAGAGCACUUGAUCAAUUCCAGGACUCCCUCAUACACAGCCAAUGGGACCUCAGUUUAUUACACAGUGUCGAGCGGCGACCCCCCUCUCUUAAAAUUUAAAGCUCCCAUGGAAGAAAUGGAGGAGAAGGUGCAUGGGUGCUGCCGGAUUUCCUGAUCUAAGUUCAUUCCUAACUGGAAGAGAUGCACUAAGUUGGGCGGGGCAUGUUGCAUCCAUCACCGAGUCUGAGCUGUUAACCACUGCUAAAUGGGAGAAUAUGGAUGCGUCAUAUGAAGCUCAGCUAGGUUUUAUUCAUCUUUGGUACCUUACUUUGCUUUAGCAGUUCCAUUUAAAAAAAAAAAGCAGUUAUAGGCAGCCAAGUGAAGUCCAGGAGGGGAGAAAAGUCCUUAUUGCAUGUGCUAGGCUACCAGAGUAAAAGUGCUCUAAGCACAUUUCAUUUCAAAUCCCAUCCUUGCUUUCUGACCUUCCUGGGCCACCCUUUGGGGACAAGCCCUCCCAAGUCAACUCAUUCUUGGUGUACUAUUACCCAGGGUGCAUAAUCCAAAUCCAGCACUUUUUUUUUUAAAGCAAGCAAACUUAGUUGACUGCUUAAGGACUCAGUUUGCUUUUGCACACAGAAAAUAUAUGCACUUUAAUAUGACCAGUUUGAACAUUUCACUUUUUAGGUGAUAACACAUUCGGGACAUCAUCCACCCCUCUGCCAAGUUUAUGAGCCAUCACGACUUCAUGCAUUCUUUGUAUAAAACAAAGAGAGUUGCAUAGUCAUUCGCAAAUUACACCCCUUUCUUAUAUGGGUCAAAUAUCAUUGAGCUCAGAAGACCAAUAUGAUUCAAAACAAAAAUAAUCUAUUGUUCACAUGUAACCUUCUCUAUUACAUACCAGUAGCCUGGUCAAUGCCAGUUUAAAUUUGUCAUAUUCUAACAACAGGAUACUACAUUUGGAUAUUUCCCAACCUGCUACAGAGAAGAUAUGAGGGAAGGAAAAUAUGUACUUCCGUUCAUCUAACCAUCAUUUCUUACCACACUGACUCAUGUAAUAUCAUUUGAGUUAGGCUAUUAUACUAUGUCUGUUUGAAAUGGCUCUCAAACAUUAAAAGCUGGUGACCAAUUUGUUUAGCUAAAUCCCUUAUUCUAUUAUGAUCUUCAUGCCAGUUUCUACUUUUCUCAGCUAUUUUUUUCCCUCUGGCCACUAGUGGUAAUCUGUUGGCCAUUAGGUUUGGAAAUGCUGAAGCCACAAAAAGGCAGCACUGCAUUUUAUUAAUGAAGAAGGGCUGUCACCCCAAAUAGCAUCUCUGUAUCAAGUCCCUGUGUUGCAAUCACUGAAAUCAGCAGCUGUCAUAGGCAGGAAUGGGACAACAUCCUCCAUCAUGUCACAACGUGGUGCAACUAUGCUUCACAGAGGAGAGCCUGAUAAAGGGCAAUAUCAUGUCUUCUACAGUAUCCAAUUCUGCCCAAGUCCAACUGCUCUUCCCACAGAACAAAAAAAAAAAAAUUACCUAACAAGUAAGUUUUCAAAUACACUGAUUACUGAAUUUCCAAGGGCUAGAAUCAAAUCUUGAUGUCUCAGAAAAGCUGUACAGGGGAGCGUUUCCCACAUUACAUUUUUAGCAGAUAUGUAAUGCUGACUGCUACCACCUUCAUGUAUCUGUGAAAACUAACAUUUAAAGCAGGACUUUAAAAAAAAUGCACUGAACAAAGAAACAAAAUGUGUAGCCACAUAUGCUACAAUAUUAUUAGGUAUAUGCCACAAAUCUGUAUUGUGUACCUGUUACAACUGAAUGUCUGAAGCGUUACUAUUUAGCAAAGCAGGUGGUACUUGGCAAAGGGGUAUAUAAUAUCAGCACGGCUGCCUCAGCACUGAGCAUCAUUUCUCAUUUAGGUGACAUAUAGAGAAAAGUGCCUCUGAAUCAGAGCAUAAGCUCUAAUAGCUACAUGGAUUCAGGAACUGAGAAAAGAGUAGGAUGCAAUAUUCAGUUUGUUAUCCACUGAUAAAACAUCUCUGUGUGCACAAUGGUCCCAGUCUAUUGUCAGUUCCUUCCCAGAUUUAGACAAAGGCAGCACAGAAAAUGUAGAAACAGCAAGGUGGGCAUGUCUUCCAAUAGAAUUGUCCUCUUUUGGCUGUUCAGUCAUACUGGCUCCAUUAAAUCCCUAUUUUUGUAUAGAUGUAAAGCUUAUAAAGUAUCACAUCACUGUU